AUGGUUUCAGAGACCCAGAUGCCUCCUGAGACAUCCACAGAGCCCAGUCAAGUGCCACUGCAACCACCAAUUGCACAGCAAGCUCAAAGUCAGCCUUUACCCAAGCCAUCAGCCGUCCCCAGCAUUCCUCCUCCAAAGCUUCCUGGCUAUGACCAUGAUGUCAGUCAGUGGAACUGUUCACAGCAGCAGAGGAUCUGGAUGAAGACGGAACUGGAAUCAAUGGGUCUCUGGCCAGGCUCCAUUCCUGUGCGUAACCCCAUGAAGAUGCUGUCAUUGUGGCGUUUACCUCCCCAGCCAGAGUUGAUUGACAGUAGCCAUGAUCUUCCAUCUGCAAAAUACUUUCAGCUACAUCCCUUUUUCAUAUGGAAGCCAGAAAAUGACAGCCUAAUGGCAAGGCUGAGGAACAACGACAUUUUGCCAUGUAUUGAAGGUUGUCCUCAGCCUCAAGUUGCCUCUGCAGGUGUUGGAAGACCCCGUGUCAUCGUUGGCAUCACUGGGCAGUAUUACCUGUUUUCAUCCAGGCUGUGCUGCAAAGUUUGCCGGAAGAGGUGGUAUGCUGACAACCCACUGUGGUUGGAAAAACUUCCCAGGAGGUUUACAAACAUCCUACCAGCAAUACUCACCUAUAAGAAGGCAAUUUGCAAGUCCGUCAUGGAUGAGCUCAGGCGCACGGGGAACUCACCCACUGACAUGGCCAAGCAGAUCACGGAGAUGAUGCACCUCAAGUACGAGCGUGCUCACCUGGCUUACCUCCUCAGCUGCCAAAACGUCAUGGAUGGGGAGGCUGGAAAGUACAGCCAGAGAACCAUCACUGAAUACAUCCGAAAGGAAAGCAAGCCAGCUCCUUUCGGAGAGUACAGUGAUUCAGACGGCUGGAACGGGAUCUCUGUGUCUGCACACUACCUGACUGACUGCCUGCUGAAUGAGUACCAACACCAAGAGGGGGCCAUCAAAAGUCUUCUUCAGGGCAGCUUUGGACAGGCUUUCCGCUCAGACCACACGCGGAAAGUUGCAAGGAAGGUCACCUUUUCAUCCGGGACCAUGUCCUCCUAUGCUGUCAUGAAUGAGAACUGGAUGAUCCUUUCGUGGGUGAUGGUGCAGUCGGAGACAGAGAAGUCACUGAAGCCCAUGUAUGAGGGACUAGCACACCACUACAGCACUGCAGGCAUAGAGAAGGCCCAAUACCAGUGGGUAGACAGGGAUUGCUGUGCAGCAUUUAAAGUUUCAGAAUCUGCUCCAGGAGAGCAUCUCAACUGGAAUGCUUGGAACACAACUGAUGCCAUUGUUGCUCAGGCCACCUCUGGUAGCCUGUUAAACACAUGUGCAUCAAGGUCACACUACAACACCAACAUCAACAUCAAGCUGGAUUUGUUCCAUUGUAUGAGGCGGUUCCUCCGUGAGUGUGUGUCAGAGCACCAUCCCCUGUACAGCUCCUUUGCGCAGUUCCUGUCUGCAGCCUUUUCCGUGGUGGAUCAGGAAGACCUACAGAGGCUUAAAGACGCCUAUGCCUUCUGUGGAAUUCAGCCUGCAAACCCAACUAAAGUGCACAUUCGUGAGCACUGCAGGACCAGAAUUCCAGGGCCGGAGGAGCUCAUCAAGAGAGUCGAGGGAGUUUUCCAGCACUUCCAUCUUGCGACUGACCCCAAUGGUGCUCCUCUUUUUAAGCCCUCUAUGCUGAAGGCAUGGCGGAUACAGCGGGUACACAUCCUGCGAGGCUGCCUCAGUGAUCCAGAGGUGGAAGGUGGGAUCCUGUACAGGCACGGAGGAACACUCCAGCUCAACCAUGUGCAGGGUGAAGGAGCUAAAGUUCCUGUGUGGAUCCCUAUCAGAGGCACAUCUCAGCAGGAGGGCUACCAUUUCCACCAAGCCCAGUGGGUCACAGGAACUCGUGUUUCAACAGAGCUGUUCCAAGCUCAGGGGAUGACUGGUGUGGCUCGGUGGAAUUACCAGCGUCUGGUGGACUUGAAACAGCCAGGUGUUCAACUCCCGGCUGUCUUUGAUCCAGUGUUGAUGACAGAACUGAAUGCAGUCUCUGAACGUGUUUUGGGUCACGUGAAGUAUCCUGCGUUUCAUUUCACAAGUGGAGACACCGGAGAGAAGUUUGGCCUGGAAUAUGUUGAGCCUGGUUGCCGCCCAGUACCUCUAGACUGGGAUAAACAUAGGAGCAAAACCGACUCUGCCCACGCCCAAAAUCAACCUCCUCAGAGCAGCCCACUCACUGCCCAGUCUGAGCUUCUCCAGUCAUCUUCCAUGGCUCCACCCAAGCUGUUUCAGUUCCCUGCAUGCCCUCCUGCAGAUUUUGCUGCUCAAGAUGUGACUGCACAUAUAACUACCGAGCGUCCGACAAAGCCAGAAACCAUACAUCCACCUUGUUUGCCCCUGCGGUCCUCAGCAACUGCUGCUCGUACUGGACCUGUGAAGACUGGUGGGAGGGUGUUUGUGUUGGACCACAAGCGCUGGCCAGCCCCUAUGACCAAGGCUAUAGAUGGCUUACUUCACAAACACCGUGGACAGAAGGACAUGCUCAAGCUUGUCGACCAGGACUAUGCAGCUCUCGUUCACGACUCCUGCACAGACCCAAACAGCAUGCUCCACCCGACAACAAAAUUGCAUAUUUCCCAGUAUCUUAAGCACCUCUGCAAGAUGCUCAACACCAGCUCAUCUAUCAACACCAGCCCGGAAAAACUGCAGGAGAGGCAGGAACUCUGGCACUCUCUUACAGAGGGCAGUGACACCACCAGUGUGCCAGUAGUUACCAUGCCUCUGACAGUAGUCAACCCAGCUCCACCCGCCACACCUCCAUCUCAAGAUGCAAUUGAAAAAAUAGUUAAAAGCAUCCUGGAGAAGCAGCAGCAACAGCAGCAGCAGCAGCAGCAGCAGCAAGAACAGCCAGCACAGAAGAAGAAACUGACAAAAACGUGUCUUUCCUGUGGCCAGCCGAAGUCAAGGUAUGAGAAUGAUGGCUCUUCCAUCCACUUCUUUUACCAGCAAGGCCCUGUCAGAUACUUUUACUGCUCCACUAAGGUGUUUAAAACCUAUGGUGCUGAAGGUCUGACAACUUCAAAAAUGCCUUUCCAAGACUUUGUGGAAACCGAUUUCUUCCAGCGGGAACUGGAGGCCACAAGGAAAAGGGUGGAGGAGAAAGGGCAGCAGAAGAGGAAAAGGACUGAGCCCCAGCCUACAGGUCGCAAGUGUCGAUUUUGUAAAAUGGAACUGAAGCAGGGCCCUUACAGUCCCCAUGUCCACACUGGGUUUCCUGGAUUAGCAGGAAAGUACAUUUACUGCCCUAGCAGAGUAUUCUCCCUUUACAAAGACCAGGGCAUGGAGAAGGAAAUGACCUGGAAAGAGUUCCAGGAGUCAGCCUUUUAUGAAGCUGAAAAACAGAGAUGGGAGGCCGAAAAAGGCAAAUAA